UUUCUGUGGGAAAUGCCCAGUGGUUGCAGUAGCUGAUGAUUUCACAUCAACAGCAGUGCAACACUGAGAGUGAGCUCCAAUAGCUGAUUACUGAAUGAGAUACUGCAAACGGGUUAAAAAAAAGAGCAGCAUGUGAGAAGCAGUCAGAGUGAGGCAGAGAAGAGAGCUGAGAGAGCAAGAAAAGUGCUCAGGCUGGAGAAAGUCUUCCAGGUGUACUUGGGGAAAUGGAUAUAAGGACCAUCUGCUGUCUAUAGAUCACAGGACUGUGGACUAAGAGUGUGGAGAAAGAGUUUUAAGUAAAAAGCUAAGUUAUUCAUAACCAAUUUAUCAAGACGUCAUGAGAAUGUUCCUGCAUGGGAUGCUGGUGCAUACAUUAAAGCUGCAGAUCCCUAUUGUAUAGCCUACUAAAAAGGAAAAAGAAAAGCAGCAAUGCAGGGAUUUUUGCAUUAAAUUCUACAGUGGUUAUGUGAUUUGUGUAUUAAGAUAAAGAAAAAUCCAGCUUUGUAAAACUGUGGAGUUCACAAGGCACCGCAUUUAAUGCUGAGAGAUGCUAGACAUUAAAUCUGACAACUGUGAAAAGAGAGAUCAUGGAGAAGUCAAGUAGUGAGGAUUCUUCAAUUCACCGUAGUCCAUCUUUGGAUAGCAAGGACUCGGACUUUGCUAAACCUUCUACCUCAGGCAGGCAGUUUGGUCGAGGUUUUACUGCUGGAGCUUUUUACGGCACUGCUGGAUCACGCACACAGAGUCACACCAGAGCUGGAACAGGGACCGGCAUUGGAACUGGGACUGGCAUAAAAAGUGACAAAUACAAUGCACCCAAAGGCAGCAAAUAUGUAGUGUUUUACCUGGAUCUAUCCUUUGUUUUCCUUUUAGAAUUUAAGAAGUGCAACAUGGCAAGAGGCUGCCUGUGUUGUUUGAAAUACAUGAUGUUCCUUUUCAAUUUAAUGUUUUGGUUAUGUGGCUGUGGACUGUUGGGCGUGGGAAUAUGGUUGUCGGUGUCACAAGGAAACUUCGCCACAUUUUCUCCCAGCUUUCCAUCCUUUUCGGCUGCCAACGUUGUCAUUUUCAUUGGCACAGUCAUCAUGGUGACCGGCUUUUUGGGGUGUCUGGGUGCUAUCAAGGAAAACAAGUGCCUCCUUUUAAGUUUUUUCAUCGUUCUGCUGAUAAUUCUCCUGGUAGAGCUGAUAUUACUCAUUUUGUUCUUUGUUUAUAUGGACAAGGUCAAUGAGAAUGCAAAGAAGGAUUUGAAAGAAGGUCUUUCACUUUACAAUACGGAAAAUAAUGUGGGACUGAAGAACGCAUGGAACAUCAUUCAGGCAGAGAUGGAAUGCUGUGGGGUUACUGAUUAUACUGAUUGGUUCCCAGUCCUGGGGGAAAACACUGUCCCAGACCGAUGUAGUAGGGAAAACUCCCAAGACUGUGGACGGAAUUCAACUGUAAAUUCAGUGUGGAAAACGGGUUGUUACGAGAGAGUUAAAAGUUGGUUGGAGGAACAUAAGCAUGUUCUCGGGACAGUGGGGAUGUGUAUCCUCAUAAUGCAGAUACUUGGCAUGGCCUUCUCUAUGACACUCUUCCAGCAGAUUCAUAGGACUGGUAAAAAAUACGAUGCCUAAAUCUUCAAAAUGUUAAUUGCAUCUUCACUUCUGUCUUGCCAUUAAAAACAAAGCAAAACAACUGAAAAGAAAAAUCAAGCUUUGCUCUACUGAGGGCAUUCAUCCCACCGAUCAAUCUACAUCAUCAUUACUUGAGUGAUUACUAGCACAACUUGUUACUUGACUUACAUUUUUCUGUUUUGCAUUUGCCAUUUAUUUGCCAAAGAAGAAAAGGAAAAUUAUAAAAGCAAAUCAGUUUUCUAUGCUAAUUCAUAGAUCUAUUAUUAAACUUUUCCCUAACUUUAUUUAAGAAAAUGCUUUGCUCUACUAACUGGUGUUAGACAUGCAAGGGUAAUGCGUGUUUAACUUCAAGAAAGAAUUCUUUGCAGUCUUCUGAUAAGUCUCAAACUGCUCAUGUCUGACAUGCUGGAGGACUCGGCAAAGCCACUCAGACUGAGAGCCCUAGGAAUCAGAGCUGCUCGCUUGCAGCUUUUUGUACCUUACGCUGUAUACUUUUUUAUUAUGGAGAUAGCUUAGAAUUUAGUAGCCUGAUUUGUAACUUCUUACUGUUAUGUUUUACAUUUGUUAUAUUUUAAUCUAGGAACCACUGUGCGAUCUUUGAAGGAUACAUAUUUAACAUUAUUUUAAAAGGUGAAAAUAAAGACACGAUCGUUCUAAAGUCCAGAAGGAGGCUACAUUUAACUGCAUUCACUAAGCUACUGUGGGUUUGUACCCUUACUAUACUGAGGAGAGUCCUUUCCAUCAGGUGGCUCAUUACUUUAGGGCCAGAUUGAGUUGUCCUUACUCUGUGGGCAACUUACUCCUCAGGUGGGUGCAUACAAUGGGACUACUUUCAGCAAACUAUUGAGCAUGAAAAAACUUGAAAAACAACAGUGGCCAUGUAGCGCCUUAGAGACUAAUAAAAAUAUAUAAACAGUGUCAUGAGCUUUCGUGGGCACAACCCACUUCUUCA